AUGGCUAAAGGAAGUGGCUUCAACGAAAAGAAGAAAAAACAUCAAGAAUUCAAACUUAAUGGAGGAUCGGACAUUAUUGGAAAGCCAAAAUCAUCAGCAAUUACAAAGGAAGCAGUUGCAAGUUCUUCCUUGACGUUGAUGCCAAGAACUCUAAUAGAACAGGAAGCUGCUGCCAAACGUUCGAAAGGAUUGAACCCCAGCGCAUGGAAUGAAAACAACGAUCCACUUCCUCGAGACCAAAAUCGGCUUUUCUUGACGAAUAAACUUUUCUUUUUCUGA